AUUGUAUCCCCAAUGGACUUCAUGCUUGUUUUUCUAACCUCCCUGCUGAGUUUUCUGCUGGGCUAUCUGCGGUACCGCUUUAACUACUGGGAACUGAGGGGAGUUCCGCAGCUGAGGACGCACUUUCUCUAUGGGAACUUCUUCAAGAUCCAGUCGGUGCACCUCAGCGAGCUCCUCCAAGAGACCUACGAUGCCUUUAAGGGGACCGCUCAAAUGGCAGGGACCUACGUCUACUGGCGACCCAUUGCCGUGAUUCUGGACCUGGAUCUGGUCAAGUUGGUGAUCAUUAAGGACUUCGGACGAUUUGUGGACCGACGAAGCUUCCACGGCGAUGUGCUGACCGCCAAUCUUUUCAAUCUUCAGGGCGAGGAGUGGCGUGCUCUGCGGAACAAGCUAUCGCCCACAUUUACGAGUGGAAAGAUGAAGUACAUGUUUGGAACUAUCACCAAGGUGGCCCAAGAGCUGGGGGAGACCUUUGAGGAACUAGUUGGAUCUCAGGGGACCAUUCUGGAGCUCCACGAUCUGAUGGCCCGCUACACAACAGAUGUUAUUGGAAGGUGUGCCUUUGGAACCGAGUGCAACAGCCUAAAAAAUCCGAAAGCAGAGUUCCGGGAGGUAGGACGACGGCUAUUCCAAAACAACAAAAGGAGCAUCCGUUGGCGGGUCUUCAAAAUGACAUACCUUAGCUCGCUGGCCAAGCUUGGUCUUCCGGUUCGAGUCGUUCAUCCGGAUAUCACCAAAUUUUUUAUCCGUAUAGUUCGCGAAACAGUGGAUUCAAGGGAGCGCGAGCAGAUCCGUCGGAAUGAUUUUAUGGACCUCCUGCUCGAUCUUAAGAGGCAGGAAAAUGGAAUAGGACUAACCGUAGAACAGCUGGCCGCGCAGGCCUUUGUGUUCUUUGUGGCCGGAUUUGAAACCAGCUCUAGUAACAUGAGCUACGCCCUUUUCGAAUUGGCCAAAAACCAGGAUGUGCAGGAGAAGCUGCGGCUGGAGAUCAGCGAGGUGAUAGCUAAACACGGGGAACUAACCUACGAGGCCAUGCUGGACAUGCCCUACUUGGACCAGACAAUCACAGAAACCCUCCGCAAGUAUCCGGCCUUGGGCUCACUCACCCGCCUGGCCACCGAGGACUACGAGAUUCCCAACAGCGACGGUGGCGAUGGAGAACCUAUCAUCCUGGAGAAAGGCACCAUUGUCCACAUUCCGGUGCUGGCCAUCCACUACGAUCCCGAGAUCUACCCGGAACCCCAUGAGUUUCGACCAGAGAGGUUUGCGCCGGCUGCCUGCCAGGAGCGACAUCCCACUGCCUUUCUGGGCUUUGGCGAUGGACCGAGGAACUGCAUCGGUAUGCGAUUCGGGCGGAUGCAAGUGAAGGUGGGCCUGAUCGCCUUGCUCAGUCGUUUCCGCUUCAGCUUGCCCCUUGGAUCCCCUCAGCAACUGAAAGUCACCAAGAAGAACUUGAUAUUGCUGCCCGGCGAGGGUGUUCGGUUGCAAGUCGAUCGUUUGUAG